UUGCCUUGACUUCCGUUCUGGGGAAAUUACGCUUGAACGUGAUGCAGGAAGGAGCUCGUGCGGGUGAUCGCCUUGUGUGACCGUGUGUGCUCGCGCUGCUGCUGCGUGCCUCAGAGGCAGUCAUGAUGCUGGAGAGGAGCAGGGUGACGGUGGUGGCCGACAUCUUCUUCAGCAGGAGACACUCAUCUACGGAGGAGGAGGAAAGAGUCCACUGUCGCUGCUCCAGAGCCUUCGUACAGGACAGGGAGCUAUACCGCUCUGAUAACAGACUGCUCUCCGCUGACCUGGCAGACGCUGCAGUUCAAGAUGAUGAUGAGGAAGAGGAGGAUGGUGAGGAGGAAGAGGAGGUGUUGGAUGAAGAGGCUCAACUGAUGGCCAGCAUGGGUCUGCCCCUGGCCUUCACUUCCUCUGGCAAGAGGAGAUCAAGGAGGAGGUUUAACAGGAGGCCUGCCUCUGAAGAGGAGGAAGACCAAGGAGAUCUACAGGAAAACAAAGCUCACGUGAAUGAGGUGUGUGAUCCACUAGAGGAAGGAACAGGAGUGAUCCAGGAUACUGGCUGGGAAACCUACUGGGCUCAACAGGGUGAAGCUCUGCUGUGGAACAGCUGGCUGGAGAAACAUCCACAAACUGCAGAAGAUCCAGUAACAGUGACUGCUCCAUGGGAUGAUCCAGAUACAAAGACUCUCUGGGACGAACAUUCCACAGAGACCUACUACUCCUACUUGGAACAGUACUCAUACUGGGCAGCACAGGGCUGGAGCGUCGACCAGUCUGUCUGUAAUGGAAACACUGCAGAAGAAGCAGGAGCUGCGGGGGUGAUGGGCAGAGGCAUAGAAACACAAUCAGAGGAAUGGCUGCAUGGACAGACCAGAGCUGAGAGCCAACAGAGCGAGGAAGUCGAGACUCUUCAUGAUGGCGUUGAGGUUGUGAAUGAUCAAUUUGGACAGAAGUGUACAUUAGAAACUGGUGGGAGCACUGUGACUGACUCAGAGACAGACAAACAGUGUGUGACGGUAGCUGAUGAUCCCUCUGAUGGCGGGACUGAUCGCAAGAGACCUGCUGCCUCCUCACAGCUGAACACAGCUGAACAUGCAGGUUCCCAGCAGGCUCCUGGCAGCUCUGACAGACAGAAUGACUCAAGGAAUAAAAUGUCGAACAGAGAAGAUGACGAGGAUGACAAACCUCCAGGAGGAGGAAAUGCUAAAGUCAAACGCAGUCAUGAGCUGGAUGUGGAGGAGAGCCCACAACUGACACCUGAUGAAGCUUGGAGUAAGCUGGGGCUCAAACGUGGCCCGAAACCUCUGUUCACCAGUGUGUUAAGCUUUAAGGGCGGUGCUGGUCAGAAGCAUCAGAGGUGGACUAAGAGAACAGUCAACAGCAUCAGCAAACACACCAGGUUCACAGAGACAGCAGCAAAUGACACACAGCCACAGAUCAGCACCACCCUCUACAAGGUCCAAAGGUUCCUUGAAACGAACCAGAGAGACACACAGAUGACUCCACUUGAAGCAGGUGAGAUAGUAGAGGGAUGCAAAAAGGAAGCCGAGGACAGGCCUCCAUCUCUGGGAGAAAUUACAGAUGAGGAGGGGAAGAGGAAGAGGACAGAGAUGAAGAGUGCCGUGGAGGAAAAUAAAGAGACUGUGGAAGAAGAGACUUCUAUUUCUCUGGACAGUUUAGAGGCAGAAACAAGGACGUGCACUCAGCCCAGCACCUCCUCCAACUCUGCUCUGUGGACUAUGGAUAGUAAGAGUGACGAAGAGGAGGAGCGAGAGGAGGAGCAGCCUGGGAGACAGCUACCAUGUUUAGAAAUCCCAGAAUUUCUCAUGCCUGAUCCACCUGAAGGCAGCAGAGAACAGAGAAGAAAAGAUGGAAAGAAACUAAAGAAGAAGAACAAGCGAGGGAGGAGGCAGCAGGUCCCAGCUGAGAUGGCAGCUGAACCGCAGCUGGCCAAAUACUGGGCUCAGCGCUACAGACUCUUCUCUCGCUUCGAUGAAGGGAUAAAGCUGGACCGAGAGGGCUGGUUCUCUGUGACGCCAGAGAGGAUCGCUGAGCACAUCGCCCUCAGGGUGGAGCACAGCUUCUCUGAUUCUCAGCUGGUCAUUGACGCGUUCUGUGGUGUGGGAGGAAACGCCAUCCAGUUCGCCCUCACUGGAAAGAGAGUCCUGGCCAUUGAUAUCGAUCCGGUGCGGCUGGACUUGGCGCGGCACAAUGCCACAGUUUACAGCGUUGCUGACCGAAUCGACUUUGUGCAAGGAGACUUCCUUCAGCUGGCACCCCGUCUCCGCGGGGAUGUGGUCUUCCUGUCACCACCGUGGGGAGGGCCUGACUAUCUGACAGCUGAAGUGUUUGACAUCAAGACCAUGAUGGAACCUGAUGGAUUUGAGAUUUUCCGCCUGGCCAAACUGAUAUCAGACAACAUAGUUUACUUCCUGCCUCGCAAUGCUGACAUGGAUCAGAUAGCCUCUCUGGCUGGUCCAGGAGGAAAGGUGGAGGUGGAGCAGAACUUGCUCAACAACAAGCUGAAGACUGUGACUGCGUACUUUGGCAGCUUGAUAAAGUCUGACAGUGAAUGACCGUGGUGACUGAAUGACAAGAAGAAGAAGAAGAAGUAGUUUCUACUCGGGCCUGAUGAGCUGUACUCAACAUCUCUCACCUUCAUUUCAUUUGAUUUAUAAUAGGCACCAUUCAAGUAGAACAAUUGGAUAUACAUUGUUGGUCAUUUAAAUUGUGUACAUUGCAUUUUAUGCAGAAGACUGGAGUUCUGAGAGUUUUACAACAUUUAUAUUUUUAUCCUAUUUUUAUUGUACAUUAGCACUAAUAAAUGUUUUUCAUUACGUUAAA